UUCGGGACCAGUGGAGUUCUACAGAGUAUCAGGCCAGGCAAGGCGUAUGUGGAAAUGUCCACCAUUGAUGUGGAAACGGUACAAGACGUAGCCGAGAGUAUCGAGUCUCGCGGCGGGCGGUUCCUGGAGGCUCCCGUCAUCGGCACGAGGAAACCCGCGGAGGACGGCAUGCUGGUCAUCGUCGCCGGGGGCGACAGAUCGCUCUUCGACGACUGCGAGUCCUGCUUCCUGGCCAUGGGCAAAAAGGCCUUCUAUUUAGGAGAGGUUGGGAGUGGCACGAGGAUGAAGCUGGUCGCCAACAUGGUUCUGGGAAGUGUCAUGGCGGGGUACGCGGAGGGCAUGUCGCUGGCCGAGAGGGCGGGGCUCGAUCUUCAGACGGUCCUCGACGUCUUCAAGGAGGGGCCUCUCAACUGUGCCGCCGUCAGAUCCAAGGGGGAUGCCAUCCUCCACAGCAGGUUCGAGCCUUCCUUCCCACUGAAGCAUCAGCAGAAGGACAUGCGGUUGGCGCUGGCUCUCGGAGACGAGCUCAAACAGUCGCUACCCGUGGCUGCAGCUGCAAACGAGAUGUUCAAGAGGGCGAUCUCUCUGGGGAAUGGAGACAACGACAUGUCUUCAGUCUACAGAGCCACAGCCUUGUGAGCGACGUGUGCAGGCGAUCGCCGACCAAAUUCCUCUGUAGAGACCACGGAUAGACAAAACAACACAGGGCACUGCAAGAAAAAAAUAUCUUCUCACCCAACUAGUUCUUCUUCUUACAUGUAGGAAUGUUUUGGCACCCUCCCUUCUGCUUCCCCCAAUGGCCAAUGGUAUCUUCUACUGGGAAGAGAGGGGAUAUAGACUCAGUCAUACUUGGGACUACAUUCAUCUUGCUGCAGUGCCACCUUGUGG